CCCGGCGCGUGUCGCGGCAGGCAGGCAGGCAGGCUGAGCGAGGCGGCCGCUCUUACUUGGGCUGCCCGGGGGGAGAUGAUGGCCACGUUCUUCGGCGAGGUGGUGGCGCCUCCGUCCCGCGCUGGCGGCGACGACGACGACGACGAGGAGGCGGCGGCAACCCUGGAGCGCGAGGAGACGCCGGAAGAUCGCGAGAUUCGCCAGCAGCUGGAGAAGAAAAGGGAAGUUCACAUCAUCUGGAAUUCAACAUCUACUGCAUCUAACAACGAGCAGUUUCCUUGCUCAAAGUUCGUAUUGGCUGUAGGCCAUAAUGCAGUAGCAUUCUUGUCUUCCUUUGUUUUGAAUUCUGGAGGCUGGGAAGUUGUUGGAUCUGUCAAAUUGUGGAAUGAGUGGUGCAGAACAUCAAAUACGACCAAAGUCCUUCCAACAGAUUCCUUCUGUUUGUUCUAUCGGUUGAUUUCAGACCCCACAGUUUUAUUGUGCCAGUGCAAUUGUUACGUGGCAGAGGACCAGCAGUUUCAGUGGCUUGAAAAGGUUUUUGGAUGCAUGCAGAAGACGGAUUUGCAAGUGCUUGUUCUUUCAACGUGCUCUGUUACGGAAUAUAAAACAACAGAAUCAACUCUAACACUUCCUUCUCCUUUUCUGAAAGCAUUAAAGACAAGCACGUUCAAAGAUAAAGUCUGUUGUUCAUUACUAGAACAGCCAAAUAUUGCACGGGACCUCCCUGCUGCAGUUCUCAGUUACUGUCAAGUGUGGCAGAUCCCUGCAGUGCUUUAUCAGUGUUACACUGAUAUCAUCAAACUGGAUUUGGUAACAAUUGAAGCUUUCGAGCCCUUGCUAUCUUCCAGAAUCCUGAAGGGUUUGGUGAAGGACAUUUCAAGAUGCACAGAAAUAUUGAGAAAGGUGGUGACAACAAAUGAAAUUGAUAACAUCUACACUUAAAAUGGAGAAUUAUCUCGGAUACUUUCAAACUCCAGUAUUUUGUCAACUGCAGCUACUUUUCCUGGGAGCAUUUGGGUCUUGUAGUUGUUCCUUUAGAAGUGGAAUGUGUUAUCUUUUUCUGCCAUAUGCUGACUGUUGUGAAGGGGGUGGGGUGUUAUCAGCUGAAAUGAAUUAAAAGGUGACAUUUUUAUUUUUCACAAACUCCAGCCAUUUAUUUUUUAUUUUUGCCAUGAGCCAAGGCAACUCCUUACAUUCUUCCACCAGUAAUCAAUUCUAUAUUUUAAUGCAGCAAAAUAAUUGUAGUGGAUGUGGCAAAGCCUCUGUCUGUAAUUGACUGAGUUGGCCUCCUACAACAGAAGCAGGGCAGGCAGCAAAGCCUGUGGAUGCUAUUAGUCGAAGUGCUUAUGUACUAGAGAUAGGCAAGGCAGGCAAAAUAGUCUAAUAAGAUGGAAGGGCAUAGGAAGCAAGCACCUGAUGACUGAGAAGGCAGGAGGCUAAGGAAGGCUUAGGAGAAGAGGGUGGGACUUUCAAGAGAAAGUGGCCCAGAGGAAUUUAUUUAUGGGGGAGGAAAAGAAGUAAAAUGGUGAGAAUGGACAGGUAGGUAGAGUGGCCACUUACAUUUUCUCUUUUUUGGCAGUGUUUGUCACCA